AUGACGUCUGCCGUUGUGGCCAACCCUACGAGUAGGAACUCGAUCUUUUAUUCAGAGGCUGAAGUUCGUGCGCCUGAAACUAUGGCUCCGCUCUGUGGACAUCGCGGAAGCUCCGCCGACCCAUGGGUUACGCGCUCGCGUUGCCCAAGGCCUUGCCACGCUAAGGUCGCUCGGGCUUGCCACUCCCUGGCACGUCUCCUCUUGCACUUCGUGCGCCUGCAGCUUACAUCCCCAACCGCAAACGGGAACGACACCAAUAACAGCAACAGCGCUGAUCCUAAUCCGAAUCCUAAUCCUACCUUGGAGGUGGAGCGUGCGUCAGGGCACGCGCUCGCGUUGCCCAAGGUAUUGGAACGCCAAUGUUGGUCGGGCUUGCCCCUCCCUCUUGCAGUUCAACUCCCCGCUUCCGUGAUCCACUUCACCCCAACUAUCUCCGCUCAGAUGGUCUCGGAAGCGCUCACCUUGCUCAAAAGUCCUGUCUCCCUCUCUGGGUCUGGGUCUGAGCGGGUACCAUCAACUCUCGUAAACGGGAAUAGCAAUAACAGCGCUGAUCCUAAUCCUAAUCCUACCCUGGAGUUGGAGCGUGCAUCAGACCCAACACCAAUAUCAUCAUCAGAAACACAACACCAAUCGCCACCCUCGCAACACCAACUAUGCAUGGACGUCCCAGCCUCCGCAUCGCCCUUCCCGUCCCCUUCUUCGUCCUUUUUACCACCGCCUACGCCGGGCGCUCAUGAGUUUGCGGUUAAGCCUCCUCCUGCGGGGCGGGGCGGGCGGAAGGGGAGUGUUCAGGGGAGUGUGGGAGGGAGUGGGAGGAGGGAGUCGAGGGGGGAUGUUAGGAGGGAUUCAAAUUCGGGUGAUGCGAGGAGGAAUUCGAAUGAUGCGAGGACGGAGAUGAAUGGGAAUGAUGUUAAGAGAGAAUCGAAUGGGGAUGUCAGGAGGGAUUCGAGUGGGAAUAAGAGGAGGGAGGUAAAUGGGGACGCGGGUGGAGAGGCUGUUGUUGGCAAGCGCGAGUCGAAUGGAAGUGCAACGACCGGAAAUGCUAGGAGGGAAUCAAAAGGCACUGUCAAGCAUGAGUCCAAUGGACGCUCAACCUCCUUAGACAACAGCUCUGCUUUGUUGCUCGAGAGUCAUGAUCACCCUGAUACGGAUGAUCACGCAGCCCUCCCUACCCCUACAACCAACGGGCAUGGCCACCAACACGACCUCUCAGACUCCUCAUCCAUCGCAUCACCCGUCACACCCACACCCUCGACCUUCCAACAACAACAACAACAAUUCACCACGCCCUCAUCACACGUAUCCACCAACCCAUCAACCUCCACUCCCUUACAAACUCCCUCAAAAUCCACAUCAUCAUCAUCACAUCCCAAGCCUUACGCGUCCCCCGCAAAAAUCAUCAUACCCGAUCCACCGUCCAACCUCCCCCAGGCAACCACCAUCCCAUCCACGCCCAGCGUAGAGAUCACACCCAACAGACCUGCACCCGCCUCGCCUGCAUCUUCAUCUGCCUCUCAGCGGUUCUCCAAGUCUUUGUCGAGGGCCAGCUCGUUGAGAAAAAGUACAGGCCCCACCACCAGCUCGACGAGGACCUCGCCGAUGGUGAACCCCCAUCGGGCAAGCUUGAAUAUGGGGUUGAGUUUUGGGCUGUUGCCUAGUCCUUUGAGUCCUGGGUUUUCGUUUGAUUCGGGCGGUACGGUGAUGAUGGCGUCUACUUCUACGCCAACAACAUCCAAGGCACCACCACCCGCAGCGGCGGAUCCAAAGGAGAAAGUUGUUGUUCGCGUGCGUGAUUAUGCCUUCCCAGUGGGCGAUGAAAGGCAUUAUGGGUUGGGUGUUGAUGUGCCGAGGGCGAAUAAGGUGUCGAGGCUUGUUAGGAGGCUUGGGGGGCGUACGAAGAGUGUUGGGAGUGUGUCGAGUAGUGAUGGUGGUGAUGGGGAGGAGGUGGAAGAGGAUGAUGAUGAGGGGUGGAGUGGUGGUGGGGGGUGGGGUGGGUUUAAGAUGGGUCUUGGGAGGUUUAGUUGGGGUGGUGCUGAAGCGGGUACGGGUACGGGGAUGUUUGGGUUUGGGAGGGCGAAGUUGCAGGAUGCUGGGGAGUAUCCUAGUCGUAUGGAUUUGGAUCAGAAUUUUGGGGGUGCUGCGGAGGAAGAGGAGGAGGAGGAAGAAGACGACGUGUUCCAUGACGCUGCUGAAGACCAACUCGUUGAAGAAGAGGAGGAGGAGGAGGAGGAGGAAGAGGAAGAGGAACCGCUUUAUGCAGGCCUAUACCGCGCGCUGUACGCUUUUGAGCCGGAGGGGACAGCAGAGAUGCGGUUGGAGGAAGACCAGAUUGUUCGUGUUGUUGGGAGAGGGGGAGGGGUUGGCUGGGCUGUUGUUGAUGUUCUGCAUUCGUCCUCGUCCGCGGAGCUUGGAGAGGGUGAGGAACAGCGGAAGCAUGCGCUUGUCCCUGAGAGCUAUUUGGAGCCAUAUCGCUUGGAUUGGGAGGAGGAGGAAGAGCAGGGUGAGGAGGAGGAGGCGUGA